AUGGCCUUUAUCAAAGGAAGGCAAAUCAUGGAUGCUGUUCUGAUUGCAAAUGAGUGUGUUGAUGAUAGAAUGAAGAGCAAAGAACCAGGCAUUUUGUGUAAGCUAGACAUAGAAAAGGCUUAUGACCAUGUGAACUGGGAGUUUCUGCUGGGAAUCCUACUGAAGAAGGGCUUUGCUGAGAGAUGGAUCAAGUGGAUCAAGGUCUGCAUAAGCACUGUCAAAUUUUCAAUUCUGAUAAAUGGAUCACUUGUGGGAUUUUUUUCUUCUCAGAGAGGCUUGAGUUGGAUUAAGGGAUUCAGGGUGAAUUCAAGAAUCCUAGAGUCAAUGGAAGUAUCCCACCUGCAAUAUGCAGAUGAUACAUUGGUGUUUUGUGAUGCUGAUAGAGAUCAGGUUCUUCUCUUAAGAGUGAUAUUCACCCUGUCUGAAGCUAUUUCUGGAUUACAUAUUAACUGGAAUAAGAGCUUUAUCUAUCCAGUUAAUGUAGUAAUGGAGAUUAAUAGCUUGGUGAAUAUUUGA